CACUGCUCAAUAUUUUGUUCAACAAUAUUAAAGACAAACCCAUCAAAUGCUAUUGCAAAGGUAAUGGCUUACAGUGUCACCAAGUCACGACAUUAGUUGAACAAAAAUUUGGCAAAAGGAGUUUUCAAAGCAUUUGCAAAGCUGGAGUGUCCCACUACUCAAAAAGUCAUCCUACGCAUUUCUUACAUAAAUUUCCAAAAUGUCAAUGUUUAAAAAGUCUCAAAGACUGGAUUUAUUUGAUUAAAACAGAGAAAAAACAUUUUAAAUUGUAAUAAAAUCUCACAUUACUAUUUUAAUAUAGUUUAAAAUAAAAUGUAUUCCUUUAAUGUCAAAGCUACAUUUUUAGACCUUGCUGAACUUAAAAGCUCGUUUCUGCCAAUUUCUGCUAAUUUCUAAGAAUUUCUUUUUUACAUCCCAUCUUUUUUACAAUUCUAAAAAGCGAAAUGCAAAGUCAGACUAUAAAGAUAUUAUUUGAUUAAAACCGAAAAAGUUUUGAAAAGUAAUAUUAUAUUGUUUAAAGUAAUAUUAAGAUUAAAAUAUAGUUUAAACAUUUGAAGUCAAAACAUAUUCCUGUAAUGCCAGAGCUGAAUUUUUAAACCUUUGUGAAGUAAAGAGCAUGUUUCCACCACAAGCAUAAACUUUUUAUAUCUUUCUCACAAUUGCGACUACAUCUCAAGAGAGAGAGAAAAAGUAUUGCAUGAUGUAAACUUGCAAAGGAAAAAAAAAUAAGCAAUUACCUUGUUUUAUUUAUUUUUUUACACAGUAGCGGAAAUCGCUUUCAUAGAAUCUUGACUGCAACUAUGAAAUAAUUGGUAAGUUUUGAUAUUCAUAUUCGACUAAACAUUUAAGUCCAGGUAGGGUAUUGCAAACAUGCCUUGUGCAAUACCACCAAACAACCUGUAAUCCAAAAACUGUUUAAAGCUUGUAUGAAACGACACAUGUAACAGGAUAUAACUGUUAUAACUGGAAGGAAGGCUUAAGCUCUGGGUAAAGGCACUGAAGCCUUAAUUAAUGAUUAAGGCUUAAACCGCAUUAGGGUCAUGCUUCUUGCCAAUUAUACUAAAAAAACACUCAAGCAUGAAACGGCUCAUAAAGUCGACAGCAGCCGCAACAGAGAGGAUAUUGAAUCUCAAGCGUCGUGUUUGCAGAGCAGUGCAGCUCCAGCCUCCCAGUGCGCCCUGUGUCCACAGAAACAUACUCUUUAAAUGUUAGAUGCUUUAUUUACCUCGCUACAUGUGAUUGUAGCUGUUCACAUAGUUUUGCCUCUCAAGGCAGCGUGUUUGCCGUUUUCGAACCGGCUGAGGCAGGUGCUGAUAAUAAAGGUGGAGAGGGGUUUGACUAACGCUCCCCAAAGAGAUCAGUGCUUGGUGAAUUGCAGUUGAUCUUCUACUCUUGAAGAUCAGCAUGAGGUACACUCCUCCCAUAAAGCAACACCUUCCCUGGUGGUUUGGCACAGAUAACGUGACCUCCUCUUUUCACAGCUUCCAGUGCGAUCUCUGUCGUUGAAUGAGCGUUUGUAUUCUUCUUCGUAAAUGUCUGCAUUUGAACGCACAUGUAAACAUGCAGUGGACGGCGGUGGUUUAUACGGUGCUGAUGAUUGGUUCCAGUAUCUGCUCUGUGCUGGGGAACUUGCUGUUACUGCUGGUGGUGUUACUCAAUCGGAGUUUACAAACGGACACCUGGGGUCUCACUUUAAGCUUCUGCCUGUGCGAUCUGGCAUUGGGCGUCUCCACUAUUCCUUUCGGUAUCCAUAACAGCCUUUUUCAAGUCAAGAGCUACCCUAGUAAGAGCGCCACUUGCAAGGGCAGCGCCUUUCUGUUUUUGUUGCUCCAGCUCGCCUCCAUCCAUUCGCUCACCUGGGCGACUGUCGACAAGUUCACAGAGAUCUGCUUCGCCCUCAGCUACCCCGUGAUUUUCACAGCGUACAGGGCCAAAAUCAUCCUCGCAAUGGUGUGGGUCUACAGCAUCCUCAACGCAGCUCUGCCACUCUUUGGUUUUGGUAGUUACGUCUACAGCGAGACAAAGUUCCUCUGUCUUCCCAACUUCAAACCGUCCAGCGUCGCCUUCAACAUGCUCUUCAUGGUGUUGGGAAUCAUCGUUCCCAUUGUAUUGAUGUGCUCCAUGUAUGGAUAUAUUGUGUAUAUAGCCAGGAACCAGGUGCGACGAGGGACAUUCGUUUGCAACGAAGACCACUGUUUCUACGUGCCAGCCAAUAAUUACUUCAAAAGCUCCAUAGUAAUGGUGACUACCAUAGUGUGCCUGCUCGUUUGUUGGCUGCCAUACAUCGUUAUCUGCUUCUACGAGACACUGACGGGAAAAGAGAGCCCGCAGCCUGCCUCUGCUGUUGCCACGUGGCUCGUACUCUUCACUUCAGCUCUUAACCCAUGGAUCAACUCCAUGACUCAAACGAGGUACAGAGCAGCGCUGCGCAAAAGCCUGAAUAAAAUCCGGCAGAUGUUUGAGUAUCCUCGUAAAAACUCCCUCUCCCAGUGCACGACCAUACAGCCACGCCGCGAGAGCAACAGCUUCUCCUCGCCAGCUCCCAGCGUACCUCCGGCACUACAAACAAACAACGAGCCCCAACAGGACCUCACGCUGGUUUGAGUGCGACCCUCACUGACCUUUGGUGGUUUGAAUAGCGUAGAAAUAAUCAUGACUUAAGGAAGCAUCUGCAGCAAUCGCUUCACCCCAGCACAAGAGGACACUGGGUUGGCGGAGCUAACCAGAAGCUAUUUUACUGCUUAUGAUGUAAACAGACUUCAUGCAGAAAGAAGUGUGAUAUACUACAGUAAAAAAAGGACUUUUGCUUCAAAAAACGAUGUAUUAUAUAGUACUGUAACUGUGACAUGUAAGCCAGCAAGCAUUAUAGGAAUAUUUCACUAAAACAAAUCACUCUCAAGCCAUUCAAGAUGAAGGAGAACUGGAGAUCUUUAGUGUUACAUAAUUUGCUCACCAGUGGAUUUUUUGGGUGCCGUCAGAAUGAAAGUCCAAACAGCUGAUAAAAACAUAAUAAUACACAGUUCUAAAUGAGUCAAAACUUUCUCUCCUGGAGAAAGUGUCAUUAUGGAUUAUGGACAUGUAUUUCAGCAAGCAACACAUUAAGUGUUUAAUUCUUACAAAUAUGCAGCCUUUCACUUCACUAGAUGUUAUUUGAUGGACUGGAAUGUUGUGGAUUAUUGUGAUGUUUUUAAUCAACUGUUUGGAUUAUGCCGGCACCCAUUCACUACAGAGGAUCCAAUGGUGAGCAAAUGAUGUGAUGCUAAAUUUCUUUAUAUCUUAUAAAGAAACAAGCUCAUCUACAUCUUACAUCAAGCUAAUUUUAAUUUAUGGGUUAAAUAUUGCUUUAAGACCCUGCAUACUAACCUCCAAAUCGAUUUCUGUAUAAAUAAUCAUGUUUAUACAACAUACAAUCCAAUCACUGAAAUAAUUUAUCAUCUUUUGAAAAUAUAUACAUAUAACUAUCUUGUGAGAAUCACUACAAGAGAUGAAAGUUAAAAACUACUGCUUUAAAGUGAAAUGCAGUUUAAAAAAAAAAACAAACUAAAAUAUCCUUUGUAUGAAGAAAGUUUGCCCUCUAGUGGACCACCUGCAGUUAAGAUGCAAUCUGACAUCAGGUUCACUAUGUGACUUUUGUAAUACUGAGGCCGUUUUUUGCUAAACUGUAAUACGAUAAAAAUAAAAUAAUUUUCUGCAGUAAUUCAUAAGCAUCUAUCGCAAAGCUAGCUUCUGACCAUGUAUGACAAUGAUUAUUUUACGAAAAUCGAACUA